AUGGACACCAUAACUUCUCAGUUAAAGCUUUCAAAGAUUAAGGGAAAGGGUCUGCUUUUAGAUUUGCCCCUGAUCACAGUGGAGUACAAGAAGACAUCAGGUAGUCUGGUGCAAGCAAUGAACCAGCUCAGGAUGUACCUCACUGCGUUGGUCAAGUUCUUGCAGGCCAUGGGUGUCAUGGACUUCCCUGUAUAUGGGGUUGAGGCCAAUGGUUCUGUUGUGUCCCUGCCUGUGGCAGUCCUACAAAGUGAUGAGAAUAUUGUCCAUCUCUUUGAAUGGCUAGUUGAAAAGCUGGAUAUAUCCUCACCAUUGGGAGCAUGGCACUAUGCAACAAUCCUUUGUAAGCUCACAACAAUUCAUGCUGGGGUCCUUGAGGGGAAGUUUGAAGAUGUUGAGAAGAAUCUGAUCAUGUCAUUGCUCAACAACAGGGAUACAAGUAUGGGGGAAUGGACAAUCACUGACCGAUUUGCUAUGCUGGCAGUGUCACACACCAAAGGUGUUGUGGACAUGGUUACAGCUGACUCUGCCUAA